GUUGGGUAGUGUAUAAAUCCCUACCGAGGACCGACCAAGUACAAAAGGGCGAAGGAAGCCGUGUAAGAAAUCCCCGUCGAUAGGCACUUGAAGGGGAGUGCACACGUUAGAGGAGCUCUCAUGGCCUGCAUUGCCUCUCUCUGUUAUCGAAUCCCGUUCUCUUUCGCUUCUCUCUGCAAUUCCUCUCUUUCCCCUAUUCGUCGAACCAAGAUCACUUUGUUUACAAGUUCUUUGAAUUUUAGUUUGAACUCGACCGUAGUUUGCUCUCGUUCUUUGACGGUGAGUAGCUUCACUUGGGAUGACGUUUUCCGAAUUUCCCAAGAGGAGGAUGCAUCAGAUGAUUCCUUGAACCUUCAAGGAUACUUCGAAAGGAUCAGUGCCUGCAAUCGUGGUUCCGAAAUGCAGUCUGAGUUCCUUCCUUUUGUUAUUGAAGAACGAAUCGUUGGAUAUAUCCAUAACGGCUUUGCAGACCAUCUCAGGAAGUUCAAUUAUGUGUUUGUUUUUGGGGAAGAUAAUUCGUACAGUAGCCAUUGUCGUGGCUAUGUCACUCUACAUCCAUUACUUGGAUCACCAGAGGAUAGAACAGGAGCAGUCGGAGAUGUAAUCAAAUGCUUGGGAGAAGGAUUGAUUCCAGGUAUACGAAAUGAGCUAUACCCUGUGAAAUCAUCAUUUGACAUGCCAAUAUUUUUCUCUUUAGAACGUGCAGCUGCUCCCUACUUUGGGAUAAAGGCUUAUGGUGUGCAUAUGAAUGGCUACGUUGAUAGGGAUGGGAAGAAAUUUCUUUGGAUAGGAAAGAGAAGUGAAGUGAAACCCACUUUUCCCGGAAUGCUAGAUCAUCUAGUUGCUGGAGGCCUGCCUCAUGGUAUCACCUGUAAAGAGAACCUUCUGAAGGAGUGUGAAGAGGAAGCAGGAAUACCAAGAUCAAUAUCCAGUGGAGCCAUCUCAGUUGGUGCUGUUUCUUAUAUGGACAUUGAUGGUUAUAAGUACAAAAGAGAUGUGUUGUUUUGCUACGAUUUAAAACUACCAGAUGGUUUUAUCCCUAAAAAUCAAGAUGGAGAGGUAGAGAGCUUCAAGUUGAUCUCUGUGAUUCAAGUUGCUAAUAUCAUAAGGAGGACAUGGUUUUUCAAGGCAAAUUGUGCUCUUGUCAUCAUUGAUUUCCUAUUUCGGCAUGGAUAUAUUAGUCCAGACGAUCGCGAUUACUUACAACUACUACAGAGCUUGAGGAAUGGAGAUUGCUCUUGAAUAUGUUUUUUCUUAAACUUCUCCAAAUGUUUGUGUUUUUUGUAUUUCAUUUAUGGAUUAUCUGUGUAAAGAUACGGGGAAUUUAAUCUUUAAUCUAAUUUUUAUAAGGUAUUAAUCUUUUUCA